UUCUUCCGGGACCUGAGUCCUGACCUCGAAGUUUCGCUUCCUCUUGGAAAUCAGAGCAAUAUUAACUUAUUGAUAGUGUUCGUGAAAAGUUUCUCCUAGGCGUUGAAGUUCAUGGGUUGUUGGGCUGCUGUUGAUUUUCAUUUCCCCCCAUAUUUCUUCGAGAUUAAGAAUACUUUGUAAAUCUAGAUACAAGGUGGAUUUGUCCAAUGGAAAUACUAAUAGUUGUAGCUGCAAAAGCCGCUGAGUAUAUCAUGGAUCCGAUCAAGCAUGGUGUGAACAUUGUUUUUAAUCCUCAAUCCAUAAUUGAGGAGACAAGCAAAGAGUACAAGCAAUUAGAAGAGUUGCACAAUAAAGUAAAAAGUCGCUGCCAACAAGCUAGAUUAGAUGGUGAUGAAGUAGUAGAGGAUGUCAACCAAUGGUUAAACAACACUACAACCAUUUCAAUAGAGGUUGAGCAAUGGCUUCAGGAAUCAUUUUCAGAAACAAACACAUCUGGUAGUUGCACUGCAGUUUGCACAAAUAAAUGGGUAUGGGCACAUAAACAGCGCAAGAAUGCAAUAGGAAAGAGAGCAAAACUUGUCGACAUGUAUGAACAGGGCAAAAAUUUGUCACGUAUAUCCCGCCUUACGCCUGCUACAGGAAUACAACUUCUUUCCGGUUAUGGUUAUAUUGUUUUUGAAUCGGUUAAAUGGGCUUUUGAUGACAUCAUGCGAGCACUUAAAAGGGAAAACCAAAGCAUGAUUGGAGUUUAUGGAAUGGGAGGCGUAGGAAAAACAUCUUUGGUGAGAAAAGCUAUUGCAGCAGCUCAGGAAAUGCAAUUAUACAGCAAGGUGGUUGUGUCGGUGGUUUCCCAAGCACCAAAUGUUCACAAGAUUCAAGGCGAACUUGGUGACCAAUUGUGCCUAAGGUAUUCUAGGGAGACGGAACUUGGUAGAGCAACACAACUUAAGAAUCGGAUGAAACUUGAAGAGAAGAUCUUAGUUGUUUUAGAUGAUGUUUGGAACAAAAUUGAUCUGACAAUUAUUGGGAUUCCAAAUGGUGAUGAUCACAAGGGUUGUAAAGUUCUUUUCACCACGCGUCUUGAGCGCGUGUGCUCAUUAAUGGGUUGUAAAGAACCUAUUAAGUUAAGUCUACUAAAUGAUGAAGAUUCAUGGGAUCUAUUUAAAAGACAUGCAGGUACUAUGUUAAGUGACCCUUCUUCCCAACUUGAAGUGGUGGCAAAAGAAGUAACUCGAGAAUGCAACAGUUUGCCACUUGCACUCAUUGUGGUAGCAAGUGCUCUCCGAGAUAAGAGUCAAGAAGAAUGGGAAUUCGCGCUGAAGAAACUUCAAAGUUCCAGACUUGAGGAGAUUCAAGAUAUUGAAACUGCUGUAUAUCAACGGAUCGAGUUAAGUUAUGACUUUUUGAGAUCAGAAUCCACAAAAAAAUGCUUCCUAAUGUGCUCUUUAUUUCCAGAGGACUACGAGAUCAGUAUAGAAAUGCUAACCAGAUAUGCCUUGGGAUAUGGUUUGUUUGAUCAAGAUACUUCAAUUGACUCCUACAUGACAGCAAAGACGCAAGUGAAAAUAAUUAUAAGCCAUCUAUUAGCAUGCAGUUUAUUAUUAAAACCAGAUAGUAUGUCGGAACGCUUCAAAAUGCAUGAUGUGGUCCGUGAUGCUGCAAUAUGGAUUACUUCCAAAGGUGAAGAGGUAUUCCUUGUUCCAAUACCCUCGCAGAAUAAAUGGAUAAUGGACCCUAAAUUAGUGAAUACAAUGGCAAUCUCCCUACUUGCUUGUCCAAUGAAUCAACAUCUUCUAAUCCCAACAGAAUGUUCAAAACUUAAAAUGUUACUGUUGGCUCAGCGUGUACCUUUGCAAAAUGUCAGAGACACUUGCUUUGAUGCGAUGACAAAUCUUCGAGUUUUGGAUAUGACAGCAAUAGCAUCAUACCUUCUUGAAUUAGCAUUGCCAUCUUCACUUCAGCUUCUUCGAAAUCUUCGAACUCUAUAUCUUAGAAGAUGGAAAUUAAAAGGAAACUUAUCAAUUAUCGGAAGUUUAAGUAGCCUUGAAAUUUUAAGCUUUGCAGGAAGUGUCCUCAAUGAAUUGCCUAUGGAAUUAGUGGAACUUUCGGAAUUGAAGUUCCUCGACCUAUCUGCCUGUAAGUCCCUGGCAGGCUUCGAUUCAGUGGUUCUAAGUCAAUUACUUUUAAGAGUUGAAGGUCUUAAUCCACCAAAUAAUCCAAUAUCAGAUAUAAUUUAUGAUGAAGACUAAGUAGCUUUUAAUCUUGCAUCACGUAAAAUUUAUUUUUGGGUUGCAAGUAUAUUGUUUAUAUGAGUUGGAUUCUUUUUCUGAAUUGCAACUUCCUUUAUCAUUGUUUUAGUUUGCAUUUUAAUUUUUACUCAGUUUUGAUUUGUUUGUACAUAUAUAAUUUUUUACAAAGUUAAUCGAAUGAAAAAUUAUGUAUAUUAAGGCAACCUAUUGUAAUAAAUUAAGUGAAAUAUAGAUUUUAUUCACUAGGGGAAAAAAAAAAGGAAGGGUUGUGCUUUUGAUAAAAGCGUAACCCUACUAGUGAAGGGCUGCGCUUUUGUGCAAAAGCGCAGCCCUACAUAACAGAAGGGUUGCGCUUUUGAAGAAAAGCGCAGCCCUUCACUUAGUAGGGUUGCGCUUUUAGAAAAAGCGCAGCCCUUCUUACUUCAGAAGGGUUGCGCUUUUGAAGAAAAGCGCAGCCAUUCUUUAAAAAAUUUGAAAAAAACAUCGCGGGCUUUCAAAUAUUGAGCGGGGCUUCAGAUAUAUUAUCCCUCCUUCUCUCUCCUCUCUCACGUCCCUCAUCCAUUUUCCUCCUUCUCUCUCCUCUCUCACGACCCUCCUCCCUUUCCUCCUUCUCUCUCAAAAACGCCCAGAAACGCAACAAACGCGACAAAAAGCCUAAAAUGAUUUGCACUAAUCGUUGUGACGGAGUCCGAUUGCCUAUUGUGAUACCUUUUCGGAAGCGGAACGGGCCAACGAGUCAAACUCACCGCUAUGUUGUGACCUAUAGGCUUUUUAAGCCAUCCGAGUUCGUUUAAGGCUCCAAAUAGGCAUUUUAAGUAUUUCCGAAUUUUAUUAUUUCCUUAAUUAUGUAUUAGGGUUUUGUUUUACAUAUUUAAACAUUAUUAGGUCAAUGUUUGGUUGUAGUUUUUGAUUAAUGUUCUUGUAUUUUCAGAUCUAUAAUUUCUUAAUCUUUGUUUUGAUUAAUGUUCUUGUAUACUUCUCUUUGUUUUGAUUAAUGUUCUUGUAUUUUCAUCUUCGUUUUGUUUAAUGUUCUUGCAUUUUCAUCUUUGUAUUGAUUAAUGUUCUUAUAUUUUCAGAUCUAUAAUUUCUUCUCUUCUGUAUAUUAGUUUUUGUUCCUUUUUUUCAUUUUCGUUUCGUUCUUUUUUUUGUUUUGGGUUUAGUAUUUUCAUUUUCGUUUCGUUUCUCUUCUCUUCUGUAUAAUUUCAUAAAAUGUGAGAUUAUGAGUAAAAAAAUGUCAAAAAAAAAUUUUUUUAUUUCUUUUUUUUGGUAGGAAUGGCUGCGCUUUUACCUAAAAAGCGCAGCCCUUCAAGCUUAAAAAGUGAAGGGCUGCUACUGAAAGGGCUGCUGUCAAAAAGCGCAGCCCUACAUGCCUUUUUCAGCGCAGCCCUUCUUCAUUUUUCCACUAGUGAUUUUAUAAAGUUCAAGAGCUAAAUUGAUUGCGUGUACUUUGAGAUCACAAUCUUACUUAAAUUUAUAUUUAACAUAUUAUUUGUUAAUUCUUUUUGAAUCGCAAUCCCCAAAUUAGUACGUACACACGUCCGUAGGAUGAGAACCAUGAUCACUGUGAACAUGAAAGACUAAAUUAUG